AUGGGCCUUUUCAUUUUUCACAACAGCAGAUGUUACUCUAGCGGUUGGUCGAGCAAAAAUAUCGCGAUUACGAUUCGCAUGUACCCUCAACAACGAUACAAUGCCCGAAUGUAUCACCAGCGAUGCAAAAAUUGCAAAGCGGUUGGUCAGCUAGUCUUGAAUACCGAGUGCUAUGCGGAAAGGGCGACAUACUGGUUAACAAAAUGGAAUAGAAUUGAGGUACAGCGGCCUGAUUACUCUGGUCAGAGUAGAGGUCCACAUGAUAGCGAACUGUGUGAGGGAUGUAGAGCUGGUCAUUGUCCCAACUCAAAUGAGGACUUAGCAUUGGUGCUGGCUAGGUAA